UCGUCUACGUAGCGGAGCCAGACCACGUUUCUUCCUACAAUGCUUCGGUAGUGGUCAACCUCGAGGGUUUCCAUGAACAGCUGGGCAAGGACAGCUGAAAGCGGUGAACCCAUCGCAAGUCCCUGAAUCUGUUCAUACUCGCUUUGGAAAGCUGGAAAUCUCCGUCCUGAGAAUACACGACACCCAAGGAUACGAGGGCAUGGCACGGAUGAGGGGCGCCGUGCUCACUGUGCUGUUGGUGGCCGCUGCGACCUUCGUGUCCGCAGAGCAAGAGUCCUCGGACGCCGACCGGGGCAAGUUCUUCUUCGGGACUUACCGGACUACCACGUACACCGUCGUGUCCGCCUCCACGUCGACAGUGUUCGCGACAUGCCUCUCUGGCUCUGACACCACCCUGUGCGCCGGCCGCAGCGCCCGCCGCGCCAGGAGAAAGCUAGACAAGGCCCUCGACAUGCCGGAGGUCGGAAGCGAGGACCUCAGCAGCAGCCUGCUGGACACCAAGACCGUCGCGGAGAGUGAAGACGUCCAGGAGAAGGACAAGCUGGCCUUCACCGUGUGGACCACAUCGCGGACCACCACCUCCGUCACCGUGUUCUUCACCAACACCUCGUCCACUGUGCGCGUGUCCUUCUACUGCGUCGCCGGCGGCAUUUCGGUGCCCAACGGCUGCGGCGGCACCGGCUAGGGCGUCGGCGCGGCCCGCUCUGCCUGCUGCCUCUCCACGACUUUGUUACUGUACAUAUAUGUAAGGUUCUGAGCUCUUCUGUAUAUUUAAGAAAUAAAAAGAAAGCCAAA